GAGCUCCGGGCAGCUCCCUCCCUCCCUCCCUCCCGGCCUCCCUCCGCCCCCGGCCAGCAUGAAGGCCUUCAGCCCGGUGCGGUCCGUGCGGAAGGGCGGCCUCUCGGACCACAGCCUGGGCAUCGCCCGCAGCAAGACGCCGGUGGACGACCCGCUGAGCCUGCUCUACAACAUGAACGACUGCUACUCCAAGCUCAAGGAGCUGGUGCCCAGCAUCCCGCAGGACCGCAAGGUGAGCAAGAUGGAAAUCCUGCAGCACGUCAUCGACUACAUCCUGGACCUGCAGCUCGCCCUGGACGCGCACCCGGCCGUCGCCAGCCUGCACCGCCCGCGGCCCGGCCCGAGCGCGGCCCGGACGCCGCUGACCGCGCUCAACACGGACAUCAGCGUCCUGUCCCUGCAGGCCUCCGAGUUCCCCGCCGAGUUCACGUCCACCGACAGCAAGGCGCUCUGUGGCUGAGGACGGUGGCCAGGACUUUCCCCUCCGCUUUGCACAACAGCAGAUCCACAGGAACCUCCUUUUUGGCCUCUCUCCGGGAGGACAGCGGGGUGAACGGGCCUCUUUUCAAACAUGGACCCAAGCCUGGGGGCUCAGCCCGGGGUGGGCCCGGUUAUUUAUGAGAAAGACGGUGGUGGCCUUUCUGAAGUCGGGAGGUUUCCCGGUCACUCUCCCGCCAGGGGGAGCGGACUCUCGUCUUUAACACCCCAGGGCGCUGUGGCUGGUCAGCAGGCUGCCUUUUUUCUCAAAGGCCGAGCAGGACUGCCAGAGGACCCGGCCUCCAGUGACUGCAGCGACGUCUUUGGGUCAGAAAUUUGCCUUUUUGACACAGGCAUACUCAACGCUGUGUGUAUAUUUAUACGUAAAUAUAUCUAUCUAUCUAUCUAUAUCUCUCUCUCCCCGGAGUCGGCCGGGGGCGGCAGAGAUGUCCUUUCUGCAGACAAUGUGGAGUGAUGUACUCACUCAUGCUAAACUUUUUAUAAAAGUUUGGUUGUACACUUAACCCUUUUAUACGAAACAAAUAAACCAAGUGUGUCUAUUG